AUGAGUGAUUCACAGCGAACUAAAGUAGCUGAAGAAGUAGAAGAGCUCCAGUGGCCAGAAAAUGGAGAUAAAUGGAGUGAAGGGGAGCCCCAUGAGACCAGCAUGCUCCUGCAGGCCAUGGCGGAGGAUGACGAGGAGAUCAAUAUUCACAACGACGAGACUUUUGGCAUGGAUGUCGACGCACAGGUGACCCCGAAUGGGCCCAAAAACACCCUCCUGGAUUUUGGGGACCUGCCGCCUCUGCCCACCACGCCGCCGCCGCCUGACCCCAAACCGUCCUUGCCUCCCAGCUUGCCCUCGCCUCCCAUCCGGGCGCCCCAUUAUUGCAGAGGGCGAGGGAAGAAGAGGGGUCUGGGACUGGGUCACCUCUUUGAAGACCCCGCCGUGAUGAAAGUCGUGGAGGGCCGGCCAAGUCUCAAGAGUAUGGAUAGCGCCAUUGUCGACUGUGGGAAUGUUAUGUGUCACCAUGAGAAUUGGAUGGAACCGUCCUACAGAAAGACCAGCAGAGUAUCUGAAUUGAUACGUCAGGACAGCGCUAUAGUGUGUGUGAUCGAGGGCCGCGGAGGGCAGCACCUGACCUCCAGAUUCCAGGAUCCCGUUUCCUCCUUUCGAGGCAGGAGUGGACAGGAACAGUGGGGGGCCUACCCGAAGCGGCAGUUUUGCCCAAGAGGCCCCUUACAGAUGCCCAUGAUGCCAGGUCCCCCUUUCUCCUGUCGGCCGCUAACCCAGAUGCAGCAGUACAAUCAGACGGAAUUUGGGUACCCCAAAAACCAGCCACGUCAUUCCACCCCGCUGUCACUCACUCCCAAAAUGAUGCAGCUUCGUUUUGGCCCCGAGUCACCAAGGCUGUCGCCUUUCUACAGCACCUUAUCGAGUCCAGUACAACAUUUCAGAUACCCUGACCCAGUAACCCAGCUCCACCCACAUCAUCAACGUAUACUCAACCAAAAACAACAUACAUUUCAGAGAAAAACGUACAAUUCGGACCCUUACUGUAAUCUGAUGACAGCCAAGGAGAAGGAAUGGAUCAUCCGUCUCCAGAUGAUUCAGCUGCAAAGUGAGAAUCCCUACCUUGAGGAUUACUACUAUCAGGAGUACUACAGGCGGAUGGAAGCCAAGAUGGCAGAGGAGGAGCUGGGGCUCAAGAGCAAGCGGGUCCCCCCCAAACUCACCACUCCGUACAUCACAAAAACCGAAGCCUACGCACCAGUGGUCCACAUUGAAGGUUCCCUGGGUCAAGUGGCGGUCUCCACUUGCUACUCCCCCCGCCGUGCCAUCGGGGCUGUUCACGCCGUUCAAGUUCAUGGUCCACUUGAGGAGAAAAAAGACAUGACACGGCAACGACUGGAACUUCUGAGCGAAAUUGAAAAGCUGUUUAUAGUUCUGUUAGAGGUGGAAGAGUCGGGCAGGACCAACGCCAAAGUCUUGUCCGGGCCUGAGGAGAAGAGGUUGAUGGAGAAGACUCAGAGGAAAGUGGAGCAGAUCUACUCCAGGAUCCAGCACCAUCAUGCCCUAAAUUCCGAAGGGGAGUUUCUUCCUUUCCUUGUGGUCUCAAAGGGCAAAAAGCUUCUUGCCCGCUUUUUGCCCUUCUUGAAGCGUGACUUGGCCAUCCACAUCCUGAGGGUCAUCACGGCCAAUCUUCCGACGCUGAUGAGCAGAGACACCGAAGAGAACCUCCCGGUGCUCUACCCUCCUCUUCGAAACGUGAUCGAAAGCCUGACCUUCAGUCAGCUGAUCGAGAUCCUCCGAGUUUUGACCUCGUCGGAGAAUCUGUCCACGAAUGAGUGUCUCUCGCUGGCGUGCCAGAACAAGUUUGGGAUCUCGCUGCUAUAUGCUCUGCUGUCCCGUGGCGAGAAGUUGCUGUCCUCUGGUGUUGCGCUGGAGCCCAGCAUUGGUGACUUUGAGACAUGGACGGACACGAUAUUCCAAGUGGCGGGGCAGCUUUCCCAGUGUUCGCUGGUGGAGCCGCUCCUCCUGCCCUCCAACGUUCUGACGCUCUUCUGCCGCUACCUGGACAAGCGCACGGUGCACCAGCUAAAAAGCAAUAUGGGGUCCGCGACGGGAGGCCUGGCACUUCCAUCCUGA